CCGCAAAGCUAGCCCAGUUCACAGAAGUUAGAAAACUAACUAGUAUGAGAAAGUCUGUGCCAUUCUGUAGUCCCACUAGUUUGAUUUUACCAGAAUGAAUUAAAUAUGCUUGAACAACAAAGCGAACAUCAAGACUUCUCAAUGACAUAUCCUUUUUGCACAUUGUAUAAAUCCCUCAGUGAGAUCCAUUUCUUCAUUAGACGAUAAUGCCUACCUGCCUGUUUUGAAUUUAUAUAUAUUUUUCAGUUUAUCAUUUAGCAUUGUACAUGGUACAGCAAACUUCUCAGAUGCUUUGCAUAUAUUACAAUCAUUUAUCUGCACACUGACUGACCUAUUUAGGCAUUCCAAGAUAUAAUCUUGUUUCCCACUGGGACCAAGUUCCUUUUUAUAAACUCUCACCAUGAUUGGAUUUACCCUUUUUUAUAACAAAUUCGUACAUUUAGAUUAGUCAGCCCAACAGAAAUUGAAAUACAAAAACUACAAAUCUAAAUACCUGUUAUUUAGUAUACUUGUGUGAAAAUGUAUUUCACUUCUAUCAAACAAUUGGUGUAAUGGUAUUUUUGUUUUGACCCUUGAGUAACACAUGCAAAAUUUUCAUGGAACUAUAUGGCUCUUGAUUUCAAUGUAAUCUGCAAAUCCACUUUAACUGUGACUGAUUGUUAUAUAAUACACUUCCAAAAUACGAUGGAAAGUAAUUCUCAAAAUUUAGCGGUUGAGCAGUAACAAUUCAAAAGUGAAUUCCAGUGCGAAUGAUCAGGUUAGUUUUACUCCAGUUUACAGUACCCGUUGAAAUUUGCAGAAUUAAUAUUUUAUUUACAGUAGCUGCACACAAACAAUAUUUGGCACUGAAUAACUCGCAACCCAAUGUGUAAAUUAAUACAUUCUAAAAUUUGAUUACAUAACUGAAAACAAAAAUUUAAAUAUUGUUAAAAGUAUUUUCUUUGAACUGCCUUCAAUAGAACUGUGACCAAGCAAGAAACUUAACAGUGUUUAUAAUGAACAUCUCUACAAUAUUGCAAAACACAUGCAUAGCUAUGAUGUAGAGUAUUUUACAUCUCUAAUUGUGACAAAAAACAUUAGCAACAUACCACAUGAAUGGCUAAGAGCCAAUCACAUUCAUAAUCAACUUUAUCUAGAGACUCAAUGAGCUACAUCAAAGAUGAAGAAUCACAAUUACUAUCUUUCUUAUCAUCUUUGCUCGCAAUUGUUUUUAUGGCAAUACCACACGUUAAAAUCUGAGAAUAGGAAAUGAAAAACAAUUCCAUUUCAUUAUAAAAUUCUAUUCAAUAUUUCAUUAAUAGUCCAUUAACUCUUAAAAACAACUUUGGACAAUUUGAUGUUUCAUGAGAUCAGAACUGAUUUUCACAAUCAAAUUUUGUGAGUUAAAUUAUUUUAUUACCUUAUUUUUAAUGAUCUUAAAAUUAUCAGAUCCCAUGAAACUCAUUUUCAGUCUAUAAAAAAAUGUAAAACAACAAAAUAAGAAAAUUUUCAGUAUUAAUGCACAGAAAAUUGUGCGAGAAUCUGUAAAAUAAAAAUUUAAUAAGUAAACACAAUUGAUCUAAUAAGACCCUCUCUAACAGAAUAAUUGGGUUGCCCCACACAAAAAGUAAACAAAACAUUAUCGCAAGCCAUGCUUGUGCCACAAGCUCCCAUUGGAUACCACCCUCCCUUAUUGAGAACAACCCCCACCCGAUACACUUUGUUUCUUUGAAUAUAUAUUGACCUGUUGAACACUAUUUCAACAAGUGAGCCGUAGUUGACACGAGAUGUCAAAUGAGUAUAUGUUAGACGACUUCCGUCCGAAUCCAAGAGAUGAGAAUAUAUAAGUUCUGAAUAACUUUCCGUUUGGCCUGGACGGAUUAGAUUACAUGAUGGUGUUUCACCAUUUUCUCCAAGCACUUGAGUGGGAACCUGUACACCCAAAAUGCAAAUGUUUCUGCUCACUGUAAAGGAAACUGAGCAAUCCAGUAUACUUGUAUUAAAUAUAUGUGGCUGAGAUAUAAUGUUUCUCAAGCAAUAAUAUUUAUGUCCUUCUUGAACCACUUCUCCAGAUGGAAAAAUACCACUUUGGACUGGUAUGACUGAAUUCUCUGUUGGUAUUUCCGGGGCAGGUUUCUUUCGCAAUAAGGUACAUGUAGAAAAUCCUUCAGGCAUUGGCAAUUUAUCAGGUGUAGAAGAAGAUAUGUUCAUUAAAACAGCAAAACUUUCAUCUUGUGUUAAGAGCGGAGACAACGCAGGUCCUUCAGCAAACUGAGCUGGUGUCAAAGUUAGAAACCGAAUCUUUCCUAAUGCAGCUCCAAGUACAGAUCUUAAUGAUUUAUUAUCAUCUGGAGAUAAUCCUUUUCUUGUACACUCUCGUAUAGCCCAUCUCUGCACAGCAUUAAACAAAUCAAGCUCUGAUGCAAUACUUAGUUCAUCAAGUUCCAAAAUAGUUACAAGUGUUGGUAACUCAACAUCUUCAAAACUAGGUUCCUGGAGAACUGCCUCUGUCUCACAGGAUAUGAUUUUUAAACAUUUCUCCAUUAGUACAGGUUCUUCAAAUAAUCUUGCAAAUUCAUAUGCACGGCAUGCAUUUUUGGGGAAUAAAUCAUUCCACAAAAAUCUUGUGCAUUCUUCAACAAGAUGUGGUAACAUGUAUUUUUUUGCCACAUAGCACAGUUCGCAAGCAUUGUCAAAAGAUUCAAGAUUGAUAUUGUCUGUAUAAAUAUAUUCCAGAAAUGCUUUAAAAGCAUCUGGCUGUACAUCCAAAAUGGGUAUGGGAUCAUUUUUCUCUGCCAUUCCUCCAAAGAACAUUGCUUCAAAAACAGGGCUAGCCAUUGCUAACAAUAACUUAUGUCCUUGAAAUACUUGCUGAUGAGUUGUUGUACCCACAACAAAUCUACAAUCACUCCAUAAAGCUGUUUCGAGGAGAUGAUGUCCUCUUUGACUGACAGUUUUCUUGUGGAUCUGCCAAUCAUUUGUAUUUGUCAUGUUUGUAUUCUUGUAAAAGGAGAGAAUAGAACGAUAAAACCCAAGGUAUCUACAAUAAGAUCCAACUUUUCGGGUGCGCACUACCAAAUUACAACACAACCACGACUAUAUUGUUAGUAAACAAGACCUUCGCUUGACAGCGUAUCACCCUUCGGUAGAGACUUCUCUGUUGACAGAUCGCGACAGAUUUUCGUAGUCAAGGAACAGGGGGCGCUACCUACGGAGAGGAAGCCGAGAAACACUGAGAAAACAAACUCAAAUGUACUUUCUCCUCCGCGAUAGUACUCGUAACCUGGAAAUCAUACCAAUAAAAUGAUAUAAUGUUCUCCUCACUAUGCACGCAUUAGUUCAAAUAGUUUCGAGGCAGAUCAUUGAAAUCAACACUCUUCCGGAAAGAAUUUCCGACUUGGUCGAGGCCAUUCGUACAGUACUUCAAUAUGUAUGAGAAAUUUCUCUGUCAGCAUGUAAAUACGGAUAUUUUACUUUGUAACGUGUGAUGUGCAUUUAAUCAUUUUUUUCCUCAAAUUUUUGAUGCUGUUAGCUGUUGAAUAGCGUCACUGUCCAAUAUUUCUUAUAUUUUAAUAUCGAAGUUGCCAGCUCUAUCUUGUCAUACAGACAUCCAUGUUGAGAAAUUAGUCAAGGAAAGCGGUUAGAGGAAUAAACUCUUAUGAUGAUGCAUUUACGAUAGCACUACACGUUAAUUAUGGCUUUUAAUUGAACGUAGAGUGCUGCGUUAACGUAUGAUCUACAAAUACAAGACAAAAGCUGUCAUUUUAUGUAGUAUUUUGGUAUAUUCAACGAUUAGUGUUUUUUAAUCAAUGAAAUCACCCGACAGACUGAAGAAUUAUUACCUCAUGUUGAGCGUGGGUGAGUUGCUGAAGAAGUGGACUUAAGUGGACGAUAAUAGUGGUUACGUGAUGAAGUGUUUUGGUGCUGUUACAUUUUAUGGAAUAUAAUUGGCAAGUUAAUAAUAUGUGGAAAGAUGAAAUUGCAACGAACAUUACGGCUGUGACAAAAAUCGGUAAUUGAGGAAAACUUAUUUUAGAGAAAACGGCCACAUGUGCCCGUUUUAAUGAAAGGACAUCCUGGUUCUGUCAUUUUUCUGGAACUAUUUUCUUGCUCGAAUAUGCAAGGUUUGGAGGUUAGGUUACUCCAUCUGUUUUAUGUUGUUUCAUCAUGAUCAUCAUCGCCCUAAAACAAAUUAUUAUAGUCAGAAGAUGGAUGGUAUACAAGAUGAAGAUCGGAAAAGGCGCUUGCGUCAGCUGGAAGAAAAAAUCCAGGAUCCUCGCAGUAAUGCAAAUGUUGACUGUCUCCUUGAUACUGUGCAAGCUCUGGUAGCUGACUGUGAUUAUCCGUCUGUGAAACGAAUGAAAAAUGUUGAAGCUUUUCUAAAUAGAUAUGAUACUGUUGCUUCGUAUAUUUGCAAUUUACGUAUGAAAACAGAUGACUUCUCUCUCAUUAAAGUUAUUGGAAGAGGUGCAUUUGGAGAAGUUCAACUGGUUCGACAUAAAUCAACUCAAAAAGUGUAUGCCAUGAAGUUACUUAGUAAAUUUGAAAUGAUCAAACGAUCAGACUCUGCAUUUUUUUGGGAGGAACGAGAUAUCAUGGCACAUGCAAACUCCGAGUGGAUUGUUCAGUUGCAUUUUGCUUUUCAGGAUAAUAAAUAUUUAUAUAUGGUCAUGGAUUAUAUGCCAGGAGGUGACCUUGUUAAUUUAAUGUCUAAUUAUGAUGUCCCUGAAAAAUGGGCAAAAUUUUAUUGUGCUGAAGUUGUAUUAGCUUUAGAUGCCAUUCAUUCAAUGGGAUUUGUACAUAGGGAUGUAAAGCCUGACAAUAUGUUGCUUGACAAGCAGGGUCAUUUAAAAUUAGCCGAUUUUGGAACGUGUAUGAGAAUGGAUGAGGAUGGAUUAAUACGGUCAGACACUGCUGUUGGGACUCCUGACUAUAUUUCUCCUGAGGUGCUUCAGUCCCAAGGUGGUGAAGGAGUAUAUGGUCGAGAGUGUGAUUGGUGGAGUGUUGGUGUAUUCUUAUAUGAAAUGUUGGUUGGUGAUACUCCUUUUUACGCUGACAGUUUAGUUGGAACCUACAGUAAAAUAAUGGAUCAUAGGAAUUCCCUAAAUUUUCCAACAGAUAUUGAAAUAAGUCAUAAUGCUCGGUCACUUAUCUGUGGUUUCCUAACUGAUCGAACUCGAAGACUUGGAAGAAAUGGUGUAGAAGAAAUUAAGUCACAUUCUUUCUUUCAAAAUGAUCAGUGGACAUUUGAUAACUUGAGGGAUUGUGUGCCACCAGUUGUACCAGAACUUAUGGGUGAUGAUGAUACAAGCAAUUUUGAUGAUGUAGAGAAAGAUGAGAGUCCAGAAGAGAACUUCUCUACACCUAAGGCUUUUGCUGGAAAUCAUCUUCCCUUUGUGGGUUUCACGUAUUCUAGAGAUUACCAAUUAAUGUCUCUAAAAAGUUCUGUCCAGGAACAGCAGGAUGUGUGCAUAACAAACAAAGGAUCUCCUAAUAAAUCUCCAGAGCUGUCAACGCAACAAGUGAAUGAAUUGGAAAACUUGCUUGAAAAAGAGAGAAGAUUGGUGAGAGAAUUGGAUGUCAAACAAAACACCCUUCUUUUACAACUGGAAGAACUAACAAGGAGAGAGACUGACCUGACUGAGAAAAUUAACCUGUUAGAGAAGACCAUUACUACAACAAAAUAUGAUUUAAAAGAUGCUCUAAGAAAAUCUGAAAAUGAAUCAGAUAUGAGAAGGAAAGCUGAGUCCUUGCUUCAGGAUUUGAGAAGAAAAUUAGAGGAAGAACAGAAUAAAAGAACUAGAGAAAUGAAUAAUAAUCAACAAGUAAAUGAUAAAAUAAAUAUUUUAGAGAGACAACUUUCAGAUAUGCAGGAGAAUUCAAGUAGGCUUAAGAAGCAGGUUGCAGAACUCUCAGUUGCCAAGUCUGCUGCAGAGCAAAUUCAGGCUGAAAUGCAGAGUAUGGUAUCAUCUCUUCAAACUCAAAGAGAUGCUUUGCAGCAGGAAGUUGCCUCACUUCAAGGUUACCUCUCUCAAGAGAAAAGUUCACGAACACAGGCUUCAGAUCUUCAGCAAGAACUUGAAAAUCGUCUUCAAGGUUUACAUGCUGAAAUGGAGCGAGUGCAACAACGUGAAUCCAAGCUCAUAGAAGAUAAUCGUGUUCUUGGAGAAAAGGUUUCAUCUUUAGAGAAAGAAUGUGCGUCACUGAGUUUAGAAUUGAAAGCUGCUCAAAACCGUUAUCAACAGGAAGUACGGGCUCAUGAAGAGACUGAAAGGAGUCGUCUAGUAAAUAAAGAAGAAGCAAAUUUAGAAGUGGUUAAAGCUCUUCAGGCAAAACUGAAUGAAGAGAAAAGUGCCAGACAAAAAGCAGACUUACAAUUUCAAGAAAAGGAGAGGCAAAUGUCAAUGCUAUCUGUUGAUUAUAGACAGAUACAACAAAGGUUGCAAAAAUUGGAAGGUGAACAUCGGCAGGAAGUUGAUAAGGUGAAAGCUCUACAUAUACAAGUUGAGCAGGAGCAGCAGAAAAAAGCUUGUUUGCAGACUGAAAUUGGUAUGCAAGCAUCGGAGGUAGCUCAUCUGAAGGCCCGCGAAGCGCAGCUUACAAAGGAGGUGACCCAACUCAGGGAAGGGAAGAAGACUGUGGAGGAUGAACUACACAAAGAGAAGGCAGCUCAUUCAGUUGAUAACUAUCAAAUGAAAGAACUUCAAGAUCAGCUUGAAGCGGAACAAUAUUUUUCUACACUCUACAAAACACAAGCUCAAGAAUUUCGUGAAGAAUUAGAUGAAAAAAUUAAUGCAAUGAAUGAAAUAGAAGUGGAACGUAAUAAUCUAACUCAUCAACUGCAAAUAGCUUUAGCUCGUGCUGAUACUGAAGCUCUGGCCAGAUCCAUUGCUGAGGAAACUGUCCAAGAACUUGAGAAAGACAAGACUAUUAAGGAGUUGGAACUUAAAGAAAUGAUGAACAAACAUCGCACAGAACUUUCCAAUAAAGAUAUUGCUGUAAAUGCUAUGAAAGAGAGAGAGAUGGAUUACAAGAAAACAGUAGAUCAGUUACGUAAGGAAAAGGAUGAGACUAAUAAUAAGAUGAGCUUACUGCAAGAAGAAACCCGCAAAAUAAAUUAUGAAGAAUUGGAAAAGCUUCACAAACAAUUAAAACAAGAGCAGCUACUAAAGAUGCAAGCUGUAAAUAAGUUAGCAGAAAUAAUGAACCGCAAGGAUCUUAGUACGACAGGUAGAGGAAAAAAUAAAGUGUCCAAUGCUGAUUUAAGAAAAAGAGAAAAGGAAUGUCGCAAACUGCAGCAAGAACUUACGCAGGAACGUGACAAAUAUGCUCAAAUGUCAGCCAAGUGGCAGAAAGAUGCUCAGGAGCUGCAAGCCCAGGCACAAGAAGAUCAAACAAUCAAGUUGCGAAUGCAAAUGGAACUGGAUGCCAAAGAUUCAGAGAUAGAACAGCUUAAAAGCAAAUUGGCAUCUCUUACCUGUGAAACAGCGUCCUUGAGCAGUGGUGGAGCUGAUAAUGAUGAUGAACUUCUGGGGCAAGAAUCGAGGCUUGAAGGCUGGCUCUCAAUUCCAAAUAAGCAGAACAUUCGUAGGCAUGGUUGGAAAAAGCAAUAUGUGGUUGUGUCUUCCAAAAAGAUUAUAUUUUAUAAUUCAGAAAGUGAUAAGCAAAAUUCGGAUCCUGUAUUGAUUUUGGACUUGAACAAAGUCUUUCAUGUUAGAUCAGUAACCCAAGGAGAUGUAAUUAGAGCAGAUGCCAAAGAUAUUCCAAGAAUAUUUCAGCUACUUUACGCUGGUGAAGGAGAGGCAAGAAGGCCAGAUGAAGGAAUGUUAACUCAAGAUCAGAUAAAAGAUGAUAAACCUGGUACUGUCUCUUUCAAAGGACACGAGUUUAUUCAAAUAACUUAUCACAUGCCCACAAAUUGUGAAGCAUGUUCAAAACCUCUGUGGCACAUGUUUAGGCCUCCACCUGCAUUAGAAUGUAGACGGUGUCGCAUCAAGGUUCACAGGGAACAUUUGGAACGUAAAGAAGAAAAUAUUGCGCCUUGUAAAUUGCAUUAUGACCCAAAUUCUGCCAAAGAACUGCUUGUUUUAGCACCAAGUACUGAUGACCAGCAGCAAUGGAUUCAGCGUUUGGGCAAAAAAAUUCAGAAAUGUGGUUAUAAAGCUAAUAGUGGUAUUGAUGGUGCCAAAGUUUCCCCAAGAGAGUCUACUCGUUCUUCCUUGAAGCAAUAUGCAAUGGCUCAGCAACGUUCUGCAACUCUACCAGCUAACACUUCAGCUAUCGGAAAAUGACAAAGGUAUCUGAAGUGGAAAGUAGAAAAUAAUUAUUAAGAGUUAUAGUUGACCUGUGAUCCAGUGUUUUUAUGACUUUCCUGUUGUGAAUUUUUUGCGUCAUUGGAGAUGUUUUUUUAAGUACACUACUUUUGGAGUAGGAGAGCAUGUGUGAUUUCCACUAGUGUAAGGUGGAAACAGUGCAGUUCUAUACGUCCAGGUUGAUGUUACCAUACCAUUAGUCUGCCCCUUACUAAUGGAAAUUUUCAUUUACUACAUGAUUUGCUAAUAUGGAUUCAUAGCAGACUAUCUCCAGUGACAUACCCUGUGAUGAGUUAAAACUUGCCUAGGUAUGCAAUGUUAAGCUAUGGAUUUAUUUUUUUUAUGGUACAAAGACUAACAUUGUUUAAUUCAGACAAGGAUGCAUGCUGAAGUGACAGUUUCCUUGAAUUUAGUAGAGGAGACAUACUGCUUUUCAUGACUGACUUAGUUAAGCCAAAGUGUUGCAGAAGUUUGAAACCUCUGCUUCCAUUGCUGUCAUUUGAAUAGAAAAAUUCUAGACUCUAAGCUCACUUGUUUUUUUUCACAUUCCUGUAUUUGCAUAGGUUUAGCAAUUGCCAUUCUGUAUAUUUUUAACACUCUUGCUCACUCGGUAAUCCUUUUCUGUGCCAAUGGAGCUGAGAAUGGAAUCUCAAAAAAACGAAAACAAAAACAAAAGAUUUUAAGAAGCGUUCUUUAAUGAGCUAUUCAUCAAGUUCAGAACGUGUGUUUGUAUAUUGGUUUAGUCUUGUUAUUUAUACCUUUUGUUAAAAAGAAGAGAUUCAUAAAACUUGUGUGCUGUUUUCCCCCUCUUCCCUUUCCUGCAGCUGCAAAUAUUGUAUUUGCAGCUGACAAACUUGUACAUUGUGCCUUUAAAAUAACCAGGAAGAUGAGUGAGAUAACCCUCAUAUGUGGUACUCGCAGUUUUAUAUUAUUAUAUAAUUAUAAUUAUUAUUAUGAUUGCUAUUGCAUUUGGAAAGUUUUUCUGUCAGUGAAUGAACUUUAAUGUUACUGCAGUAUACACUGAAAUACAAUGGAAAAUAGUUGCAGAUAUUUACUCGUGUAUCAUAUUAAUAAAAGAACUAUUUUGUAGAUACUGAUGAUUAUGUUGUGCUGUUUUUGUGUAUGUGAGUUACUGCUUGUGUACACAAUAAAAAAGUCAACGAAAUUUCAAACUAAUUUUGUUUUUUAUUUUUUUUGGAAGGGCAUGUGAGUGAAAAUAACUUGUGAAUGUUAUAUGCAAACCUGAUCUUUAAAGGACAGGAAUUACAUCAGUACCCAAACCAUUGUUUCCUUAUUACUUCAACUUCUUAUCUGGUAAACCAGUUAAGUGUGUCAACUUCCUGACUAGUCUUUAUCUUCUUGCCAUCCUUGAAGUAUAAAGAGAGAUAAGUUCUAUGAUUCACUCUAGGUGAUGUGUAUUGUGUUGCCAGAAGUUGAAGAGAACAAGAAUAUAAGAUUUUUUAAUUUGCGUAUGUCACACAAUAUAAACAAAAUGUUAGAUUUGUUGUUUUUAUUCUUAUGUCUUGGUGUUUUUUUCCUCUGCCAAUUGCGAGAAAGCAUGAGGGAGAAAUCUGUAAUAACAUCUUACAAUCAAAGUGGUAAUGUCCAUUCUCACGAGUUGGUAAGUUAAUGUGUGUUCACAGGAAGUGAGAUGUCAAUCUUUUAUACGUAAGUACAAAAUGCAAUUGCAGGAAACAGUUCAGCAAGAGGUACAGGAAUCAAAAUUGGAUACAAACAUUUGCAAAAUUAUUAAACAUUUGGAAGAAGAACAGAAAGUUUUGUUUCAGCAUUUGAAGAAAGCUUUAGCAUUUGGAGAUGAGAUGCAAGUUGCAUAUUCUUUCUCUGAAAAGAAAGUGAUGCGCCUUGAAAGAGAGCUUGAUGAUAAAGAAAAUGAGGCUAUUAGGACUUUACAAAAGUUGGGGAAGAAGGAAGAUCUUGUGUUUUGUUUGUCAGAACGUAAUAAUUAUUACAAAAGAGAAGUACAUAGAUUAUUGUUGGAAAAUUCUUCUUUACGGCAAAGGGUUGAAUUACUUAGCAAAGAGGUACAAGAAUGGAAGAAUAAAUUUGACUUGCCAAUUUAUGAGUCUAGUUCAAGACAUAAAUGUCAGGAGGAUAAUAGAAUUAAUCCAUGGAAUCAAGUAGCAUGUAAUACAGAAGAAGUUUGUACAGAAAGUCAAGAGGAGUCUUCAAUAGUAACACGGU